CUCCUCCCCUCCCCGGCCUGCUCCUCGGCCGGGGCCGAAAUCGACCUUGUGAGUCCCUCGCGGGCGAACCAGGCCACAACAGAUAGUAGGUGGGUGGUGUCCCAAGGUGCAACUCACCGCCGCGCUGGCUCAGCGUGGCGGUGAGGAUGCACAGACGGUGGUGUAUGUGGACCUUGUCCCCGCGGCAGCAAUGCAAAGCGGCAAACUGCACCUGGUAACCACCCACUGAAAUGCACCGUCGCGGAAAACGUGGCCCACGAAGCUGGAGGAGCAGAGAGAUUCGUAAAAACCACGCGAGUAAGCACCGUUCGCGGGAGAAGGGAGAUAACCGCGGGCGACGCGGGGGGGGAGUGCUGCACCCUCCUCGUCCAAACACCACAGGCAAGCACCGAGCCCUGCAAAGAUGGAUCGAUGCGAAGAAACUCGCCGCUCGGAUUAAACGGAAGAAAACACCCC